GAUACUUCAACCGAAACGUCACAUUAGCUACGUCAGUGAUAUGUAAACGUACUUCUCAUAUGAGGCCAACUAAAAUAUUUCAAUAUUAUUUUUUUGAAUAAUAAGAAUUAAUAUGUGCAACUAAUUUUUUUACUUAUCGGAAUCCUCAACUCACUAUAUAAAAACAAGAGUUAUGGGUAUGUUAUUUAGUUAUUUCAAAAGCCUAAUAGGCACACGCGAAAUGCGAAUUUUAAUAUUGGGCCUAGACGGUGCAGGCAAGACGACGAUAUUAUAUCGAUUACAAGUAGGAGAGGUAGUUACAACUAUUCCAACGAUAGGAUUUAACGUUGAACAAGUGACUUAUAAAAAUCUCAAAUUUCAAGUGUGGGAUUUAGGAGGUCAAACUAGUAUAAGACCUUAUUGGAGAUGCUAUUAUAGUAAUACGGAUGCUAUUAUUUAUGUGGUUGAUUCCGCUGAUAAGGAGAGGAUAGGCAUAUCAAAAGACGAAUUAGUUCCGAUGUUAAGGGAGGAGGAAUUAUCAGAUGCCAUUUUAGUAGUCCUGGCUAACAAACAGGAUAUACCAGGUUGUAUGUCACUAAAAGAAGUACAUCAAGCUCUAGGACUUGAAGCUUUAAAAAAUAGGACUUUCCAAAUAUUUAAAACAUCGGCUACUAAAGGAGAAGGAUUGGAUAUGGCGAUGGAAUGGCUGGCUAAUGCUCUUAAAAACAGGAAAUAACACUAAAUAACCAGAGUAUUCUAGUCUUAAUCAAACACCGUAUAACUGUAUAAAUUAUUUUAUAAAGUUUUUAAAUUUUAUUUAAGGAAGUCCCUACAUAAUGUCCCUUGAAUGUAGCUAAAGAAACACUGAUUUCGGAAUGAAAACAAGUAUUCAUUUGAAUCAUGUUUCAUAAAAUAUUUAAGGUCUUGUGAAAUUACUUUCUAAUCGAUUCAUAUACGGUUCUUGGUAGAAUUUGAUAUGAGGAAAAAGUGAUUGUUUGAAAAAAUUAGAGCUUUUGGAAUUCUAGUAACUUGUUUGAUGUAUGCUUCAAACUCAUACUAACUUUUGAGUACAUUUAUUAAAAAGUUGCAAACAGUCUGGCUCUGAAACGUGUAUUAUUUAUUUCAUAUAAACAUCCAUUUUAUUUCAAGGAAAGGGAUUAUGUAAGGAUUUUUUUUAGCACUGUAGAUAUUGUUAUUGUGAAAAAAUAACUUUCAUUUACCCUUAAGAAAUGUUUCAGGUAUCAAGUAUGAAUAUACAGAAUGUAAAUAUGAAGAUACAGUUGAUAAAUGAACGUUUUUUAAACAUUGUUUGAGCUCCCUUAUGAUUUACAUAUUUCCAGGUUUAUUUUUUGAAAUAUUUCGAUUCUCUUUUUACCUGAAACAUUUUCCUUGCCGAAUUUAUGAACAGUAUUCAUCAAAUCAUUUACAUACACUGCAUUACAAAAUUAAAGCAUAAUUAUUUCACAAUUUUUGUAAAACUGACGUUAUUGGGUUGAAGAAAAUAAACUAUGGAGUGUAUUAAUAAAAAUAUAGGGUAUAUCGAUAAUUGAUCAUUCAUUUAGGCUUCUAGGUGAAGGUAGUAAGCCUCUAAUCCGACCACCCAUAUCAUUCCAAUAAUCUUCAAUGUGGUUAAGGUCAUGAGAUAUAGUAGGUCAAAUGUAUCAAACGGAUUGAAUUACAACCAACUCUUCAAAACUAAAGUUACUUCAGAUCAUAUUUCCUCUACUAUACAGUUGCGUCAGGAUGUUGAUACAUUUGCUUACAGGGUUUGUCAUUAAUACAACAAAAUCUUGAUUCAUCACUGGAUAAAAUAUUUCCUUGAGGUCCUUGUGCAAACUGAAGAGUAAAAAGGGAACCAGUAGUACAAAUAAGGAAUUUUGUCAAUCUUUUUUGUAGGAAUGGAACUUUAUGAUGCUUGUAAUUACAAAAAUUCAUUUCUACGAUUUUGUUCUGGUAGUUUUUGAUCGUUGAUAUCUCGAGUGCUCUGGAAACAAAAUCAGGGUUGAAGUGCCACUCAAAUUGUUCCAUGGGGGAUAUGUGAGCAGCACAUUUUUUUACUGCAAUUUUAAUUUUAAGCUAUUUUAACUCACAGAGUGUUGCCUCUACCAACUCACAACGGACAAUUAAACACAGAUUGCGUUUUGGAAGAUUAUUAUCAACAAUUGGGUUAAAAAACAUAAACAUAAAAAUUUAUUUAUUAUUGAUAAAUAUGUGUGAAUUUUGUGGCGUAGUGUAUAUUUAAAAAAUGUUUUCGAAAUCAUUUUUGCUUGCAUUCCAUUUAUUUUCAUUUUGUGCGUUAUAAACUUAUUUUCGAAAUAAAUACUUUUGUACAUUUCAAUAAAAGGUAAAUGUUCA